GCGCUGCGACAAUCGCGCGAGGAGACGAAGGCUGCGAAAGCCGAAUUCCACGAGUACAAGGUCCGGCAGCAGAUCAAGCGCCAGGAGUACUUGGUGCGUACCAUCAACAACCAGUCCUAUGCAAUCCGGCAGAAGACGAAGGACGACAUACUUGUCUCGUGGAGAUAUCAAUGCGAACGUUCUCGGGCAGUUGAGCUCGAAGGCCGGAAUCGUGUUCUGGUCACACGGGUCAACGACCUGGAGGCGAAGAUGGUGGCGACCCAGGAAGACCUGGAGGAAGCGGCUCGGCAGUGGGAGGAGCAGCGCAGUGCUCUGGAAGCCGACCGGGAUGAGUAUAAGCGCCUCUACGAGAAGUUCCUGGCAGCCCACGAGCGUGCGAUGGCGGAGCUGGAGGAGUCGCAGGGCACGGCCGAGGACCAGGCCAAGAAGCUGCAGGUCCUGACUCUAGAGAAGCAUCGCCUCACGGACAAGGUGGAGGAGCUGGAAGACGACAAGAAACGAAUGUCCAAGCAGCUGGCAGAACUACGGGACGAGGUGGCCAAGCUGAAAGCAGAGCUGCGCAGGCUGGGUGCUCAGCUUCGUGAGGGUGAGAUGGCUCUGCUCCUGGCCCGCUCGGAUGCGCAGCAGCUCCGGGCAGACGCGAGGAGUCUGGAGGACGUGGUCCCCCUCGAGAGUGAUGGGCCAGCAAGGCCCUCUCAGCGGCGACUUCUCCAGGAAAGCGGCCGUCGAGAGGCAGAGUUGCUGGAUCUGCUGCUGGCUGCAGAGACUACGGCAGAUGCACGGCUGAAGCGCCUGCUUGAGCUUGAGGGCCCUGGAAAUGAGCCUGAUGCAGAGGAGGAGCCAGGUAUGAAGCCAGCUUCCGAAAUAGGUGUUCUGCCAGCAGAGCGGCGGUUGCGCAGACAUGUCGAGAAAGAGCGAGAUGAACUUCUUACCUUUGCCAGAGAUCUGGACACCGAGCUGGUGAAGGUGAAGACGGAAUGCCACCAUGCCGUUCGGGAGAUCAAGCAGAAGUGUGCUCAGGAGCUCGAGGACUUCAAGACCACAGAGCUUGCCAAAGUAAAAGCCGACUUCCAGGCGAAGAUCGACGAAAUCACUCGUCAGCGUGACAUGCUCCAGAAGGAAGUCGAGUUGGGGGAGUCCGUCGCGCCGCACUUGCCGACGCUGAACCCGCUGGUCUCGCAGGACCCUUCCAGAAUAUGCGGUGUUUGUCGGCGCACAAUCGUUUUCGAAGGUGCUCUGAAGGUGUAUCCUCAGAAAAGGUAG